GGGUUUUCAGCGAACAUGUUUUGUAACUAUUUUUAUGGUUACAUUAUAUAUAAUUAUUUUAUUUGUGUGCUAUUUUUUAUAUUUCAUUUUUUUUAACAACACACAUGCAUUGAACAUGUUUUGUAACUUUAUUUUGCCUUAAUAUAGGAAUAUUGUUGAGAUAACUUCGGCCCAAACGACCAAAUCCAAUCCCUUUGUACUACAUAUAAAAUACAAACAUCGUACUAUCAAACACUUUUCUACAUACAUUAUCGUACUACAUUUUACCUUAAUCACUAUUUAAUCAUCAACAACAUACACUAAUUAACAUUCAUAACAAACAAGUAUACAAUCAACAAGUGAUAUAUAUAGUAUAAUCAAGGCUCCACCACCAAUGAUGAUGAUGAAUGGCGGAAACACGACAAUGGGAAUGCCACGACGAAAGAAAAUGAUGAUGCACAUGACGUUUUAUUGGGGGAAAGACGCGUUGAUCCUAUUUACAGGUUGGCCCGGGGUUGAUAAUACUGGAAUGUAUGUUUUAGCACUCUUUUUUGUGUUCUUUCUAGCUAUCAUUGUGGAAUGGCUUGCACAUUGCAACGCCGUUAUGAUGAAAUCAAAUGGUGUAGCGUCGACUUUGGCUCAAACGUUGGUGUACACUAUACGUGUGGGGCUCGGGUUCAUGGUGAUGUUGGCAUUGAUGUCGUUUAAUUUUGGUGUGUUUUUGACUGCUGUGUUGGGACAUGCUCUAGGGUUCUUUUUCUUUCGAGUGAUUAUGAGAUCGUCGGAGCACCAAGAUGUGGUUUCGACUGCCUGUUAAUGUUAUAUUUUGGUUUUGUAAUUAUACUUACCUUGUUUUUAA